AUGAGACAGAACCGGACACCAGAUCCCAGGCCUUUGCCUGUCCUGCUCCUAUGUGCCCACAUAGUCUCUCACCUGGCUGGAGCCACACCUCUACCUCAGGCCACCACCGCUUUCACUGGCUCAUCUGGGAUCACAAAGGACCCCUGCCCCUCCGGGCUCCCAACAGCCAAGCAGUGCCCAGCAAUGGAGGUGACCUGGCCGGAACUGGAAGUCCCACUGAAUGGAAUGCUGACCUUGUCCUGUACCGCCUGUAGCCGCUUCCCCCACUUUAGCAUCCUGUACUGGCUGGGCAAUGGUUCUUUCAUCGAACACCUCCCAGGUCGGCUGAGGGAGGGCAGCAUCAGUCGGGAGCGCCGGGGCCCACGCACCCAGCUGCAGACGACCCUCAUGCUAGAGGAGCUGAGCCCCACCCUGCGCAAUACCAACUUCUCCUGUGUUUUUGCCGAUCCUGAGCAGACUGCCCAGCGUCACAUCGUCGUGGCCCAGCUCUGGGCUGGGCUGAGGACAGUUGCGCCCUGCACUCAAGAAACCUCACCCUCCAGCGGGUCCCCUCUGCCUCACCAUCAAGACAGGUGA